UUUAUUCAUGGAAAGAAAUGCUUAAUUCUACACUGGGAGACACAUGGCUUGAUCUUCUUAACCCAAAUAAUGGUUUACAGCAUCUGUAAGCUGAAAUGGUUUGUCCAAGCCAUGGUGUGAUUGAUAAUUGUAAACUUCCCAAACUAAAUUUCAGGUCUGCUUGAAGGCCACCAGCUAGCCAGUGGUAAUCCCAUUUUCCUUUUUCUAGUAUAAAAGAAGAGUGCCGUGAUCACCUACUUGUGGGCUUUCUUCAUCUUUAAUAGUAAUAUAAUCCACAGUUUUAUUUAGUUAAUGGUUUUGUAGUCCUCCGGAAUAUGUGUGUAAGCCUCCGAUUGCCCAUUGAUACUUGUAAAGGGGUUUUACUCGAUGACUAUCAGAUGGAAAGAAUUUUGCAUAAAAGAGGAAGCGUUUCAUUAAUAAAAGGACAAAGAAAACAGUGCCAGCUCAUGACCGAUGGAUAUCACUACUGCCAAGCGCGAACGUGUUCUUCAUUCCUAGCAUAAUGCCUAGCUAUGCAUUUCACGCAGUUUGAGUUCCAUUUGAGAUCCAAACAAACUCCACGGAUACGACUUCAACUAACCCCUCCUUUCAGCCUCACCAAACUUAUCUUCUUCCAAAAGUACCUGAGGAAAAAGAAAAAUAGAAGUGGAAGGAAAAGCAUAAAUUAGCUGCAGAGGAAGCUGAAAUGGACGCCAAUGAAAUGGAAUCCCAACAACACAGGGCGGUAGGUGAUGAUGAAUUUGGCCGUAUAAACACUGGUCUAAACAAGUACACUAUUUUUUGUGCUCUUCUGGCCUCUACAAACUCUAUUCUCUUAGGCUAUGAUAUUGGUGUCAUGAGUGGGGCAGUGCUUUUUAUCAAAGAAAACCUCAAAAUCUCAUCAGUUCAAGUAGAAAUCUUGGUUGGUAGCCUGAAUGUGCUUUCACUCAUAGGCUCACUUGCCUCUGGCCAAACCUCAGAUUACAUAGGCAGACGUUACACAAUUGUCCUAGCAGCAGCCACAUUCCUGGUAGGUGCACUUCUCAUGGGGUUUGCACCCUCUUUCUCAUUGCUCCUAGCAGGCCGCAUAGUUGCUGGCAUUGGCGUAGGCUAUUCCCUCAUGAUUUCUCCUGUAUACACAGCUGAAAUCUCCCCUGCUAUGAAACGGGGGUUCCUCACUUCCCUCCCUGAAGUAUUCAUCGUCUCUGGAAUCCUCCUAGGCUACAUCGUUAACUAUUCUCUAUCAGGUUUGCCCCAAAACAUGAACUGGAGACUGAUGCUUGGCUUUGCAGCAAUACCAGCUAUUGCCAUUGGAUUCGGUGUUACAGCAAUGCCAGAAUCACCUCGUUGGCUUGUCAUGAAAGGGAGAACAGAUGAAGCAAAACGGGUUCUGGUCAAAGUCUCAGAUAGUUGUCAAGAAGCUGAAUUUAGGCUGAAUGAAAUAACCAAAGCAGCUGCUUUGGAUAUAGGCCAAGCAGCUUCUUCAAGCAACAGUGAAUGGCGUGGCCAGUGGGUAUGGAGAGAACUUCUAUUGAGCCCAUCAAGACCCGUCCGUCGGAUUCUUGUUGCAGCCAUUGGGAUUAACUUUUUUAUGCAAGCUUCUGGCAAUGAUGCUGUCAUAUACUACUGCCCCGAAGUGUUCAAGGAUGCUGGCAUUCACAAUAAGCGACAGCUUUUUGGUGUCAAUGUGAUCAUGGGAGUAGCCAAGGCUUCUUUUGUGUUGAUUUCGGCUCUUUGUUUGGACAAGUUUGGGAGACGACCUCUUUUGUUGCUAGGCUCAAUCGGGAUGGCGGUGUCCUUGGCUGUGUUGGGCAUGGGUUCCAAAUUUCUCGAACACUCAGAAAGCAAACCUUUGUGGGCUAUUAUUGUGUGCAUCCUGGCCGUAUGCGCUGAUGUUUCCUUCUUCUCAAUUGGGCUUGGUCCAAUCACAUGGGUUUAUUCAUCAGAAAUAUUUCCUUUGAGGCUACGGGCCCAGGGCACAGGCCUGGCUAUCUCAGUGAACAGGCUGGUGAGUGGGGUGGUGUCCAUGACGUUUCUGACAAUAUCCAACAAGAUAACAUUCGGAGUAAUGUUUCUUGUGCUUUCCGGAGUAAUGGUGGUGGGCACAUUGUUCUUUUAUUUCUUUCUUCCAGAGACCAAAAGCAAGAGUCUAGAAGAGGUGUGGGCACUAUUUGAGGACAAAGAUAAAAGUAAUGAUGGGGAAAGGGGGGGAAUGCAAAUGAGAGAAAUUUGAUGCUGUUAUGCUACUAUUAGUUAGGCACAGUUAAAAGCAUUGUACUUAAAAACUAGUGUUUCGUACCUGCAUUGACCUAAUGAUGAAUUGUUAUAACUUUUAAAGACCCUUUCCACAUGUAGAACAGGGGAAAAGGAUCAAUUAUAGUUGCAAUCUUGCUUAAACUUUUUUUU